AUGCAUGUAUUUUCUGUCCUUGCGUCAGUGCAGCUGAGUCUGCCGAGCAGCAUGCGUAUCAUGAGGGGAUUCGAUCAAGUUUACAUCGCAGCCCAGCUUCACUUCCACUGGGGAACUAAAGAGAUCCCUGGUUCAGAGCACACCAUAGAUCAUGUCCAUUUCCCGGCUGAGAUCCACGUGGUUCAUUAUAACUCCAAAUAUGCAGAUCUCAUUGAGGCUGCUAGUAAAGCUGAUGGAUUGGCAGUGUUCGGAGGAUUCAUAGGUAUCGGCCUCCAUGACAAUGACAACUAUGAGAAGAUCCUGUCUGCGUUAACAGACAUCAGCAAAGAAGAGUCAGACACUGAGAUUCCUGGUUUUAAUGUGCGCCAUCUACUGCCAGACAGCUUGGACAGGUUUUAUAGGUACAGCGGGUCCCUGACGACCCCUCCGUGCUUUCAGACGGUCAGCUGGACUUUGUUCAACGACUCAAUCAGAGUCUCAAGAAGACAGCUUGCGGCCUUGGAGGACACAUUGAAAACUGAACACAACAAGCUUUUGUCCAAAAACUUCAGAGCGCCACAACUUCUGCAUGGGAGAAAAGUGCUGGCAUCUUUCCACGCAGAAUCCGCUACAGGAAAAGCCAGAGGAGCUCCAGCACCUGAAACACAAGACAACAAAAUAAUGGAAUCUAGUGGACACAUUCUGGCGAUUAUCUUUGGGGUUCUGUUUGCCGUCACGUUGCUGGUCUUUUCCAUGUACACUUAUCGACAGCAGAAACACUACUCAAAGUUAAAAAAAGACUCCAAGCUAAAUGUUGUCUAUAAACCAGCUGCCAUUGAAAAAGACAUGGAUCAAACCACUGUUACUGUAACAUAAACCACAUAUUUAUUCAGAAACUUGUUUUGUCUUGUUUGUGUGUUAAGCAAAGAGUCUUCAGAGUGAGAUUUGGGAAUGAAUUGAUUAUAAAUUGCUGCAUUCUGAAAUGUUGUGUCCAGUGUUGGGAAGGUUGGAAAUAUAAUAGGUUACAGAUUACA